UUGAUGGAGCUUAAAUGUAGGCCGAGUUCAGACACGGCAUGAUAAAUGACAACACGUUGUAUGAUAUUGAAUAUAAUUCGGUUUAUAUAUGUUGAAUUGAAUUACGCUAGCUAUAUAAUACAUGUAUAUUUAUCUAACUGAAUUGCAUUGUAACCGGUGCAUGACGCUGUACUAGUACCGUUUCCUCGCAAGCUAACAUUGUUAGCCAGCUGGCUACGUUAACCUAGCUAAUUAGCCAUUACGCUAAUGUGGACGCGCGGUUUUGUAAUUGAUGUGUUGCGAAAAUUCCCCAUUUCAAGUGAUGGUGUGCAUCUGACUUGUAUUCGAUUCCUAUUUAAAGGUGUAUAUAAUGUUAAUGUGAAGCAGAAGCGGCGACAGAUUGAAUGAAUGUGACAACAUGGCGACUCCCAGAGAAGCAUGAAAAUAGCAAUCCACAGUAAACAGGGGUCUAAUUACAAAUGCUUUACGAGUAUUUAAUUGUGGUAGACUUCAUCCACAGAUUUACCAAUAUGACUUUAGUGGGACAUGGCUGGUGUACGUUCAUGAUGAAGCAGUAGCUAAAUUAAGGUUUAAUCUAACACCGGUAUUAUUUGUCUUUUUCAUUUGUAUUCUCUUCCGCCAUUUUUCAGACUGGCGGAGGUUUGUUUGGUUGUUACAAGAUGGCGGCUCCCAUGGAGUGGCACUCUGAUUACCUCAGUUUUAACUGCAAAAUGCUACGGCAAAAAACAUGACAUUGAAAAGGAAAUACAAUACACCUUUGUUACAGGUUGAGUUCAGAGGACAUGACAUUUCCUGGUUCAAUGGUGUCUGGGACCACAGGCUCAACUCUGCAGCCACGAUGGAAGCGGGUUCUCGGAUGGUCUGGGCCUGUGCCUCGGCCAAGACAUGGUCAUAGAGCCGUUGCUAUAAAGGAAUUGAUGGUGGUUUUUGGAGGAGGAAAUGAAGGAAUUGUGGAUGAAUUGCAUGUCUACAACACAGCAACAAACCAAUGGUUUAUCCCUGCGGUUCGUGGUGAUAUUCCCCCUGGAUGUGCUGCAUACGGUUUUGUUUGUGAUGGCACCCGGCUUCUGGUUUUUGGUGGAAUGGUGGAAUAUGGAAAAUACAGCAACGAUCUCUAUGAGCUACAGGCCAGCAGAUGGGAAUGGAAAAAGUUGAAAGCUAAGUCUCCCAAAAAUGGCCCACCUCCCUGUGCUCGACUUGGUCACAGUUUCUCUCUGGUGGGCAACAAGUGCUUCCUGUUUGGAGGGCUGGCUAAUGACAGCGAGGACCCCAAGAACAACAUCCCUAGAUACCUGAAUGAUCUGUACACCCUGGAGCUUCGUGCUGGCUCCAGUGUUGUAGGCUGGGAUAUACCAAUUACUUAUGGCGUUUUGCCGCCACCUCGCGAGAGCCACACUGCUGUAGUGUACACAGAAAAGGAGAGCAAGAAAUCUCACCUUAUCAUCUAUGGAGGGAUGAGUGGCUGUCGUCUGGGAGAUCUAUGGACUCUUGACAUUGACACCCUGACCUGGACCAAGCCAUCGGUGAAUGGCACAUCGCCUCUGCCCAGGAGUCUCCACUCUGCCAUCACCAUCACAAACAAGAUGUUUGUUUUUGGGGGAUGGGUUCCCCUGGUUAUGGAUGACGUGAAGGUGGCAACACAUGAGAAAGAAUGGAAGUGCACAAACACUCUGGCCUGCCUAAAUCUGGACUCCAUGGCCUGGGAAUCAGUGUUGAUGGAUACCUUGGAGGACAAUAUCCCCAGAGCCCGGGCAGGACAUUGUUCUGUGUCCAUCAACUCUAGGUUGUAUGUCUGGAGUGGCCGUGACGGUUACCGUAAAGCAUGGAACAACCAAGUCUGCUGUAAAGACCUCUGGUAUCUUGAGACAGAGAGGCCACACGCUCCCUCGAGAGUGCAGCUUGUCCGUGCCAACACCAACUCCCUGGAGGUGAGCUGGGGCGCUGUGUCCACCGCAGACACCUACCUGCUGCAGCUGCAGAAGUACGACAUCCCAGCUGCCGCUGCUGCCAUCUCCCCGGCCCUCACCGCCACCUCUUCUCUACCAGGGAACUUGCCCAAAAGCCCAGCUGCUCCCUCUGCUCAGAACCUACCACACACAGCCAUCUUGAAGGUUGCAGCCCCUCAGUCUGGCACAGGUACCUCCCUUGUCACUGUGCGAGCCAACCAGGCUGUGAAAUCCCCUGUCACUGUGACAUCACUUCCUCCAGGGGUUCGGAUGAUGGUUCCUGCCCAGACUGCCCAAGGAACGCCAAUCGGCAAUAGUCCUCAGAUGAGUGGCAUGGCAGCUUUGGCUGCAGCUGCAGCAGCAACACAAAAGAUCCCGCCCUCUUCAGGCACUGGGCUCAACCUUCCAGCAGGUGCCACCCUCGUCAAAACGAUGGCUGUCUCCCCUGGCUCCACCACAGUCAAAAUGUCAUCUCCUCUCAUGGUCAGUAACCCAGCCACUCGCAUGCUGAAGACUGCUGCAGCUCAGGUGGGCACAGCGACUGUAUCAUCACCCAACUCGCCCAACCGACCCAUCAUCACUGUGCACAAGUCAGGCACGGUCACCGUAGCCCAGCAACACCAGGUGGUUACCACCAUGGUGGGAGGAGUCACCAAGACAAUCACCCUGGUCAAGAGCCCCCUUACAAUGGGAGGCAGCGGCACUCUGCAGAUCUCCAGCCUUGGCAAGAUGAUAUCUGUGGUACAAACCAAGCCAGUGCAGACAUCAGCUGUUACAGGCCAGGCUUCCACUAACCCUCUAUCACAGCUCAUACAGACUAAGGGUUCUCUCCCUGCUGGCACCAUACUGAAGCUGGUGACUUCAGCAGAUGGCAAGCCCACCACCAUCAUCACCACGUCCCAGGCAGGGGCCACAGGGAACAAACCCACCAUCCUGAACAUCAGCGGCAUGUCGCCCACCACAACCAAACAGGGCACCACCAUCAUCAAGACCAUCCCUAUGUCUGCUAUUAUGAACCAGCCUGGAGCCACAGUGACCAGUAGCACAGGGAAGAUGCCCUAUACCAUUCUCACCACCAAGAUGAUGACCACUGGCACUCCAGGCAAAAUCAUCACUACCAUGCCUAAGCUUGGCACUGUAACUGGCCAACAGGGGCUGACACAGGUGGUUUUGAAGGGCGCUCCGGGCCAACCUGGCACCAUUCUCCGCACUGUACCCAUGGGUGGAGUCCGACUCGUCACCCCGGUUACGAUGACUUCUGUCAAGCCCAAUGUAACUACACUGGUCGUCAAGGGAACAACUGGUGUCACCACCCUGGGGACAGUCACAGGCACAGUCUCCUCCAGCCUGGCAGGGGGCAGUUUAGCCAGUGCCAAUGCCUCUCUGGCAACUCCCAUCACCACCCUGGGCACCAUUGCCACCCUGCCCAGCCAAGUCAUCAACCCUACGGCCAUCACUGUGUCAGCGGCCCAGGCCUGUCUGACCACAGUCACUACCCUGUCCACCUCCACCAUGUCGGUGAACCAGCCAACCCAGGUGACUCUCAUCACCACCCCCAGUGGGGUUGAGGCCCAGCCAGUGCAGGACCUGCCCGUGUCCUUCCUGGCCUCCCCCACCUCUGAGCAGCCCUCCACUGAGGCCGGGGAUGCCCCUGGUACUGUCACUAUGGUCUGCUCCAACCCACCCUGUGAGACCCACGAGACUGGAACCACCAACACAGCCACCACUGCGUCUGCUAACAUGUCAGUGUGCUCCAACCCUCCCUGUGAGACCCACGAGACUGGAACCACCAACACAGCCACCACUGCGUCUGCUAACAUGUCAGUGUGCUCCAACCCUCCCUGUGAGACCCACGAGACUGGAACCACCAACACAGCCACCACUGCGUCUGCUAACAUGUCAGUGUGCUCCAACCCUCCCUGUGAGACCCACGAGACUGGAACCACCAACACAGCAACAACCUCUUCCACCAACAUGGGAGGGGCAAUGAGGGCAACCACCUCUGCUUACCCUGGAACCGCCACAGGCAACCAGGGACCAGAGAACCUGCGCACCGGAACCACCGUCACCCCCGCCACAGCACGCUCUAACAUGGGCUCAGCCCAGACCGGCACUGUGCAGAGUCCCAAGCAGCCAGCCGUGGGCCUUACAGUUUGCUCUAACCCACCCUGCGAGACACAUGAAACGGGCACAACCAACACUGCCACUCAGUCCUCGUCCGGCAUGGGUAACGGGAAGACUAACACUGUGCAGAAAGUGUGCUCAAACCCACCCUGCGAGACCCACGAAACGGGAACCACCAACACCCCAUCCCAGGCCAGUUCCAACAUGGCUGGGAACCAGACAGGAACAGUGACGGUGCAGGGGGUGUGUUCAGACCCCCCCUGUGAAACCCACGAGACUGGCACCACCAACACGGCAACUACUGCCACAGCAGAUGGAGCAGACGGUGGCACCAGCAGUACAGAGACUCCCUCCACUACUGCAUCAGGAACAACCCCAGCCACCAUCCAGAGCAGAGCGAUCACUACUGUGACCCAGUCCACACCAGCCCCAGGGCCCUCAGUACCUGUCAUGCUAAAGUCCAUUUCUUCGAUCACUGAGGGUGCAGCAGUUUCCACAGAAGAGCCCAUGCAGACUGAUGCGGCCACAGAGGGGGGAGACACCGCUAUGGAGACUGGGCUGCCCCCAGAGCUGAUGUCAGAGGGGCAGAUAGGAACAGGUCUGUCUGCAGAGGAGCUGGCUGUGACUGCAGCAGCGGAGGCAGCAGCACAGGCAGCAGCCACUGAGGCGGCCCAGGCCCGGGCCAUCCAGGCAGUUCUCCAGGCAGCACAGCAGGCCACCAUGAACGAGGGUGAUUCUGGCUCGGACAGACAGCAGACCACCACAAUCCCCAUCGUUCUGACCCAGCAAGAGCUGGCAGCCCUGGUCCAGCAGCAGCAGCAGCUCCAGGAAGCUCAGGCCCAGGCUCAGGCCCAGCAGCAAGGAAACGCCCAAGCCCUGCCCACUGAGGGCCUGGCCCCCGCAGACAGCCUGAAUGACCCCACGUCUGAGAGCAAUGGACACAAUGAGAUGGCUGCAGCUGCUUCCAGCGAUGUGGCAUCACUGCUGCCGCGCACCUCCACGGAGACCCUGGCCCCCUCAAGCACAUUUGCUGUUUCCAGUCCAGCCAACCUGCAACCUGCAACUUCUCUAGCAGAGGUGGCCAAUGGCAUCGAGGGUGGGAAGCUAUACCCUCAACCAGCCCCUAUCAAGACACUUGUAAAAAAAGAGAACCAGUGGUUCGAUGUUGGAAUCGUUAAGGUGACAAACAUGGUGGUCACACACUUCUUCAUCCCAGGGGAUGAUUCUCAAGUAGAGGAUGACUCGGGCGCCAUUCCAGACUAUAACCAGAUGAAGAAAAUGGAGCUGCAGCCUGGCACAGCUUACAAGUUCCGUGUUGCUGGCAUCAAUGCUUGUGGUCGUGGUUCCUUCUCAGAGAUCUCUGCUUUCAAGACCUGUCUACCAGGCUUCCCCGGAGCACCUUGUGCCAUCAAAAUCAGCAAGAGCCCGGAUGGUGCCCACCUCACCUGGGAGCCUCCUUCGGUGACAUCAGGGAAGAUCAUUGAGUAUUCUGUGUACCUGGCCAUCCAAAGCACCCAGACAGCUGAGCCCAAGACCUCCACCCCAGGCCAGCUGGCCUUCAUGCGGGUGUACUGUGGGCCCAACCCCUCCUGCCUGGUGCAGUCCACCAGCCUUUCGAACGCCCACAUAGACUACACCACCAAGCCUGCCAUCAUCUUUCGUAUUGCCGCGCGCAACGAGAAGGGCUAUGGCCCUGCCACACAAGUCCGAUGGCUGCAAGAGUCCAGCAAAGAUGGUGCCUCGGCAAAACCUGCCCCAAAAAGACCAGCAGUGUCCUCACCUGAUGUUAAGGCUGCUGGUCAAAAGAAAGCAAGAACGGACCAGUGAGAUGGCCCAGAUGGACCCCCUCCCUACUCGCUGUCCUUUUUGACCAGGAAGACUUCAUCCUCAUCCUGGCUUCACCCCAUCUGCGAGUUGACCCACAACCAGCCAGCAACAUAAGCAAAAUGGCAGCAGAAACCCUAGAAAAUCAACAAGAGAGAGAGUUCUGUAGCCAAGACUGUUUUUUCUUUCUUCUAGAGCAACACAAAUUUAAAAAAGCACAUUGUAGCUUUUACUUCAUUAGUCUUUUUUGUUUAUUUUCUUUGCUUUCCCCCUAGCUACUUUUAUUAUACAUAUUUUUGGCUAGUUUCCGUAGUUGUAGAGAAAAAUUUGCAGCAUCACAAGCUGUGAGCCAGCCUGAGCCUAAUGUUACUUUUUUUAUUUUUUAUAUUUGGGGGUAGUAGAGAGAGACUACAUGAGAUGAUGUACAGUUUGAGCAUGUGCUGAACAGGAGGCAGUGUUGGUUUAGAUGGGAGGAACAAUCAAAACGGAAAAACAAAGCACUUUUCCUCAAAAGGGACAUUUCCCCCUCAGGCAGAAAUGUUCUUCAAUUAAGAAACCAAUAUAUACAAACAUCAUACUGGACUCUAGUCUCCUGGUAAUCUCAUCACUGUGCUUUUGCCCCGAGGUAAGGACUGAUGGCUCUGAAGUGGAGAAAGUAUUCCAUGACAAAGGAAGAAAUUUGUAGAGGAACAGAGACUUUGCUACGACUGAGACUUGCAGCAUACACACAACAAAUAUUGCAAAAUCUUCCCCAAAAAUUUGCAAGCAAUGAUGCAGGUCUUUGCGUAGUUUAAUUUUCUAUUUUUUUUAAGCUUUUCCCUGUGUCUAUCACCAUGCAUUUUAAAACGUCAACUACUUUUAUUUUUUUAGUUUAUUAUUGUUCAUCCCCAUAGUUUAAGUGUUUGUGGGAAAGAGGUGGUGGCAGUGCUGAGGUAAACACUAUAUUUUAAAAUAUUGGUUUUGAUCAGUUGUAUGUUCUUGUUGUGUUGGAGUGUAUGGGGAAAAAUAAAGGCUUUUGUAUUUGUGCUGACUAGGACCGCAAAUGUAAUAGGACUGAAGGGAAUUUGAAACAGACCCGUGGAGAGGAGUACAUUUAUUUUACUACAUCUUCCAAUGCUUGUGUUGCUGUGUGUAUGCCAAACAUGGACAAUUUAAUGAAGAAAAAAUCUUUUCAGUCCCACAUUCCUUCCUUCCCACCCCAAUACACCACCUUUCCAAUCAGUAAUCUGUAUACGCUCUGCUUUUGGGGUCAUUAAUUUGAGUACCCUACAUUUAUUUUAGACCAAGAAAGAAUAUAUUUGGAGACUUUUGUUCUUUAUACUGUUGAGGAAGAUGUAUGUGAAACCACCAAAUAAAACAGGUAUUACAUUUUUUUAGGCUCUGUAUUUUACCAAUUACAGAAGGGAGAUGUGCAGGUUAUUUCUGAGAAGUUUACCUGUAUGUCUUUAAAUUGGGAUGUCUUGGUGGGAAGGAAGAUGAAUAGCCAGAGUUUAAACUCACUUGUAAAUUAGUUCUUCCAUAGCAAGAAUAAAAUAUAUUGGCAUUUUAUACAAUUACCUGUACCAAAAAGUUUUUACAUGUUGGUCAUCUCUCGAUUGCCUUUUGUGUCAUGACUUAUAUAUAUA